AAAUGUAGAUUAAUUUAUUUCAGAUUUAAGAGAAAGAAUGACAAUUGUUCACUAUGGCUUGCUACAACCCCGAAGAUCUUAGUCCCGAUGAGCUCUCCUGUCCUAUUUGCUUUGAAGAGUUUGUUAUUGAUGCCGCAUCUGAACGAACCCCCAAGCUCCUGUUAUGCCUACACACGUUCUGCCUUGGCUGUAUAAGAAACUUAGUCAAGUCGAAUAAGACCAUUCAGUGCUCUAUCUGCAGGACAGAACACAAGGAUGUAUCUCCGGGAGAGCUCUUUGAUAACUAUGUUAUUGUGGACUAUAUCAAGAAGCAGCAAGAGGAAAGUGAUGCCUUGCUGGCUCGACUUCACUCUCGCACUUUCAAUCAAGAGCCGGUAGCUGAUUAUGAGUAUCAGCAAAGAGAAUACCAAGUUGAGCAAGAUGCUGCCUAUGCUCGCACUAUUCAGAGUAUGUAUGAUGAGCAAGAGAGAGUGGACCGCACAGCUGUUGUGAUACCAGACUCCAAUGCAAAGCAGUUACCUGCACUGCAGCCUGCGUCCUGUGGGGGCUACACAAAGCCUACUUCAAGCACUCAUGUAGCACCUGAAACAAUUGCGACGACCUCUCAGGCAACAGUGGAGACUAGAAGACAGACUCCUGCACCAGACAGCGCUUCUAGAAGCGUCACUCCUGAUGCCAGUGCCUCCUCAAGCUCCACUUCGUGCGGCUCUACCAGCAGCACCACCACUACAUCUUCUGACACCACUUCAUCAGAUGACCAACGAAGUUCGAGCGCCGCCAGUGUCAGCAGUCAUCUAGAGGAUGAGUUUGUUGAUUCUGUCGAGAUUGUGGAGAUGAAUAAUGACAGGAUAGAUUUAGAAGUGGUUGGAAGUGCCGAAGAUGAUGCAUCUGGUACUGCAGGAAUGAUGAUUCUAUCGCCAACUCUCACCAACUAUUCAGGCUUCUCAACUGGUGGCCGUUUGGGAGAAGAUGACAACCCCGUCAUAGAAGAGCUGGGGAGCGAGUUGGGAGAAGACAGCGAAGACGCUGCAAGUGCCAUGGGAGAGGCCAUGGAGGAGAGUGAUGUGGUUAGCAAUAUGGAUGCACUCGAGACCUUCAAUUCAUCCUUAACAAUUGACGGUGACGAACAGGAAAAUUCCGACCCUGAUAUGCAGGUUAUUGGGUCGAAUGAGGGCAGCCAUCGAGACCCAGUUGUAGGUGAGGAUGAACUUUUUGACAAUUUUGAUGCACUAGAAUCCAAUGAUAUUAAUACUUCAGAUGAGACUGACAAUGUCAGGCUCGUGAGUCAUGGCAAUGUCAGCAGUGAAUCUGACAACAGCGAUCUUGAGGACAGCUGCGUUGAUCUGGCUGCUGCCGUUGAAACUACUGGACAGGAGUCACAUAAUACUUGUCCAGGUUUAGUAGAUUUUGAUGACUCUGUCAAUACUACAAUCACCAUCAACGACAGUGACGAGACUGACGCGCACUCCGUUGUGCUGCGCAACGAGUACAACGGAGUCCUCACACGCAGCGCUGCCGCCAAGUUACGCCGUGAGGAAACCAACAUGAGCGCCUGAAAUGAAGUGGGUUAUCUCUCACUCAACUGAGUUGUUGCUUUAAUGAGAAACAUCACUCUUUCAUGGUGCUCUCGUCGUUAAGCGAGAGUCGUUUCACACACUUGGUUUCUUAGUAACUUCUGCUCACUCCUAAUUAUUGGCCUGGUUGCAUUUUUUUGGUCAGAUUUUGUUAAAUCGAGCAGGUUUUUGUACUUUCAUAUCCCAGGUUCCCCUGAAUGGCUAUGUUGUGAGCGAAAAGGACGAGGAUUAAAAAUGUUUUUUUUUUAUUUUGGAUCAGAAUGAUUUAUAAGGUUCAUCGAUGAGCUUCAUUUUGAGAGUCAAUAUUUAUUCCUAAGCGUUUGUUCCCCACAUUGCCAACUUUCUUUGUCAGCUAGAAGUUUCUGCCACGCGCUACUCAAGCCCUCACUCUCAUUGUGAAACUUUAUUUCUGGUCAACGAGCUUUUUCAAAGCUAGUACGGCAUUUUUUUUAUCUCAUUUCAACCCAGGAGUGAGUUAAGAUGUCCAAGGAUCCUGAGCAUUUGAUAUUCAUAGUUGUGUAUAUCUCAACUAGUAUAAGUUUCAUUUCAAAUCACGUCAUUUCGUCAUGAUUAUUUCAUGAAUUUGCGAACAACAUCUGUUGCUUGUUGCCUAGAAUUACGUGAAGUAUAUACAUUGAUAGCGUUCACUGUAACGACCAUGUAUCAUUUGCGGUGUACGACUUUUUUUGUAUUAUUUUAUUUUAUUACUUCUUUUUAUAAUCUUCCUACGUAUUGCUUUUCACUACUUACUCCUUCAGCUGUUUUGUGUGCAUUUCUUGGCCUCUGUGUUUUGCUGAAUAUUCUGCUCUUUGAAUUGAUCCUCCGCAAUAUCUACGAGAUUUUAUGCUGCACUUCUUGUAGCUUUGCUAAAACCUAAAUUUUCUCGGCACUCAAGAUGGAAUGAAAGUUUUUUUCCAAAGAAAAAACGUUUCUUGACUCAAAAUUGAACCAUAAUUGAGAGCAGGCAAACUUGAAUGUGUAACAAUGCUCUUGACUUUGCAGUUACAAGACAGGGUCCACGAUAGUCAGAUAUUGAAAAUCUGCGACAGUAAGCAUGUCGAAACGAUGUUGAAAUUGUAUGCUGAAGACUCCAUCUCGUUUUGCCUGUGAUUGCCAAAAGCCAUACCGCUGUCUUUCUCUUUUCCUUGUGUAUUUAUGUCUUCUAUAUAGAGGUCUUUCCAGCAAAAUUUACCUCGAUUCUGUUACUCGUCAACUUAAUGAACUUAGUUGAAAUAGACGCAUUGUAGAGCAAUUCAGUCAUGUGAUCAUUAUUUCCUUAUCAUCUGAAGUAACGGUACGUUUCUAGAGCUUGUACCUGAAUUAGCUGCUUCCUGUCUCACUUAUGUAUUUUAGAUGACAACUCUCGUUUAUGUCCUCUGUAAUCAUCAGUUUUUGUGUUGUUUUACCAAGCCAAGGUAGAAUUCAUCAGAUAUUCUGAUGGCUGUAAACCUUUGGGUUGUUUUACCAAGCCAAGGUAGAAUUCAUCAGAUAUUCUGAUGGCUGUAAACCUCUGAAUUCUGUCAUUGCAAUGGUAUAACUUAUGUAUCGUGUCUUGAGAGAUCACUUUGACGAAACUUCUUACUCUUGAAAAUUUAGGUGUUUUUAAAAUGAAUGCUUUAAUAGCCAAGCGAGAAAUUGAUUUGAUGGGAUUAAAACGCAUUUCAUUGUCUUGGACGGCUUAAAGUCUCAUAAAAAAUGUACCGCCGAGGUGUUUGAGGAAAAUGAGUAAUCUUCUGUGUUCGUUUGUGUUUUAGAAGAAAGUAUUCAUUAGUUCCCUUCUUGCUAUUAUAAUUAAGAUGUUUAAUGAAUAGAUCAUUCAAUAGUUUCGCAUGUUAGAAACUGUUCUAUUACUACGCUUGUAGAAAUCCCGUGAGGUUAUCAGGAGCUCUAUGUUGGUGAUUUCAGCCUCAAUGUUUUUGACAGAUGGUAGUAAUUAGUAAACAGUGAAGCAAUGAACUGACGAUCUCGAAGUACGGUUUUCCAUUGCCAGUGGCUAGGUAUUCGCAAAUCGUUGCAGUGGCUGAAACACAUGGAUCAAUCAUCACCCAGAUUGAAAAUACUCUUCUCUUUUCUGCUCGAUAUGCUUCAAUUUAUAAACAUGAAAAAUAUUUUGGCCACGCAGCUAGAAUCCUCGCGUUGAGAUUCACAACGAAAGCCGUUUUUUGCUGUAAAUUAAAUUAAAAAUAAGUCAGAAUUUAUUUUUGAGGUUCUUGCUCUGACUAAUUACUCGUCUUCAUUUGAUGAAUAAAGAAUAUCUUCCUCUAAUACUGUAGUUGAUGCUGGUGUUGCGUCUGAUUUUCUGAGAUAAUAUUAUUUAUCAUGAUAUUAAUUGGUUCAUGAUUUAAACCAUCUCUAAUGCUUGUGUAAAGCCCAACCUUGCGCUGCUGGUCUCCUGCACUCAGCUGAGAAACAUUCGAUUUGAUCCUCUUUCAUUAUACUAUAGCCCUGAAACUUCUUCCUUGUUAUAAUGUGGAAGUUUCGUCACGACCUGAGAAGCCAGCGCCCCAGGCACCACUCGCUCCCAUGGUCUGUAUUAUUUGUACAUACGAGUGACAUGUUGCGCAAAUAUUUUAAGGUUCAUGCGUGAUAUCCCCUGCCAUUUAAUAGGCCCCACUUAGACUAAGAAACUACGUUUCUGUGAUGUUCCUCAGCAGCUGCGAGGCUUUGUUCCUUCAUGCCAUAUAGAAAUUUGAGAUGCUUCGUGCUUUCCUUAGUCUUACUGAAAUUGUUACCUCAGUAGAGAUUUAUACUGUAAAACAUCGGAGUUGUUCCAAAAUUAUCCAUGGAUAAGGUCAUAAACUUUCCCAUCGCAGAUUACACUUUGAGACGGACACCUAGCGUGCGACUGUCGUCAAGAUUCAGCGUCAUGUUGACCUUACAGGACUUACGUUACUAAUUCAGUAUUAUGAUUUCAACUUCGUUUAUUAUAGCUUGCUCGUGAAAUCAGCUAUAGGCUUACUUCAAACCGCUAAUAUCGCAUCCUGGGAAAAUCCUUGUCUGUGAAUACAAAAUUUCUACUGUUAAAGAGCAUAUUGAUGUUCCGUUAUGUGUCCUUUGUAUCAACUUACUUCUCAGCUUUCCAAUUUUUGCUUCGAGGUGCAUCGAGACCAGCAGGUACUUUCAUGCUAGAUCUACUUACUCCUACUCGUGCUUAGAUGAUGAAGUGUUAAUCUUGGUCCAUUACCGCCAGAUGGUACCAUGCUGUCAUUUCUGCCGUGUCCAGUUGCACGAUAUGACGAGACGCACGACGUUUUUUUAUCUAUAGAUGCUGAGAACUGGAUUCUUUUUACUUUUUAUGCAGAUGGUGAUGUGGAAAUCAUUUUUUCGCAAUAAAAACACCGAACGUU